AUUGCUUCAAACCACCUGAUAUGCCAUGUAACUUCUCUUGAUCACCUGGAUCACAUAUCAGAAUCAUCAUUAUCCGACCCAGUUUUCUUCAUGAGAUCAUCAAUAAAACAACUACCAGGACUACAUGUUCAAUAUAUCAGUUGA